CCACUUGUUGCCUUCAAGCACCACUUGUUUCAUUAGACAAAGUCCCAAGUCAAGAGAAAAUUGAUGUUCUUAAAGUCAUUUGUGGAUUUGAAUUUGAAUAGUUGAUAUGCUGGUAAAUAAUUUUAUGGUAUCAAGAGCUCCCAUAAUCUAUCGAUGUUUUUCUACCCAGGUUUCCCAUAGCCAACUCUUAUAGCUAUGUCCUUCCUACCAAUGGCCAAAAUCCUCUGCCACCAUCAACAACCAACCUCGUGAGCCUCCACUUGUUGUUUUCACCAUCAUUACUAUCAAAUUGACCCGCUCCAACUGUCCACUGUGGUUGGCUUGUCAUCAAUUCUUCUUAUCUCUCUUGGGUCCAGCAAAAUCGGACAAUAUUGAGUUGUAUAAACAUCUCACUCACUCCGUCUGUGUUGUCUACUGUGGCGUUGUCUCCCACAUCUCGUCAAUCCUGGGUAUCUCUGGAACGUCGCUAUGCCUCCACCUCUCACAACCGCAUCCUUCAUCUGCGCAAUGAACUCCUUUGCACCACCAAAGGCGACUUGUCCAUUUCAGAUUACCGGGGCAAAAUCAACUCCAUUGCAGAUAAUCUUGCACUCGCUGGAAACUGACAAUCUCAGCUCCACAUCCACACUGGCUCCGGGAAAUUAUCAGAAACUAAUGGAGGAGGAAAAGCUUGAUCUGAUCAGCAGCUUACCAUUUGAAUUAAAACAGAGAAUUAUAUCCUUCCUGCCAUUGAAAGAGGCAGUAAGCGCUAGUGUCCUUUCAACUCAUUGGAAGAGCCUCUGGUCUCCAAUUCAGGUAAGCUUGAAUUUUGAUCCAAACCCAGUAAACCAUGAAGGCUCAGGUCAAGAAUUCAACCAAGUUAUGGGAAUGUGCAUGAGGUCCUAUGCUUGUCUUGAGCAAUGGAAGCUGUGCCUCAAUGUUGUUGACAGCAAUGAAGCACUGAUUCUCAAAGCCACCAAGGGGGUUGACAGAGAGCUUCAUCUAGAAUUUUUUGAAACAAAGAAAGUUUCAAGAGAUUUCAAAUCAGAGCCAACAUCAACAAGUGCUUGUUUGUGCCUUCACAGCCAUCAUCCUACACAAACAGAUAGUUUUGCUGGGGUGAAGCUUCUCCACCUCAGAUCAGUCACCAACCUCACUAAAACCCUGGUGUCUGAAGUUUUCUCCAAUUGCCAUGUUCUUGAAAGCUUGAAGCUUGAGAAAUGCACGGGACUGGACAGCCUUGAUGUGAAAACAGAUAGCCUGAGGAGCUUGGUGGUCGCAGACUGUUUAAACAUGGCUGCCAUUACAAUUUCUGCACAAAAUCUCAAAUCAUUUUGGUUCCGUGGUGCUCUCCCCCAGAUUAUCACCCUAAAAAACACAAGAAGCUUGGUUGAUGUGGUGCUCAAUUUGAAGGAUGGACCAAUCAACAAUGAGUUUGACUGUGAGGAAAUUCUCUCCAUCCUUUUCUCUUUCAAGGAUGUUGAGGCUCUCACUAUAAGUGGCUGGCUUCUCGAGUUCAACAAGUUAAAAGCAUUAACUUGGAUCGACUCUUUGAUCAACAAGGACAAAAGAGACUCCCUUGCUUGCUUCUUAAAUGCAUGUCCUUUGCUGGAGAAAUUGUUGGUUGAGAUUGACAGCAACCUCAGCACCAUCCCCUGCCCAUUGUUCUACCAAUACUGGCAUGAGCCUCACCUUUGGAUGGACUUCACAAGUGUCAAGUCGAACACUUCACAGCUCAAGCACCUUAAAAGCAUUGAGUUGCUGGGCUUCACUGGCAGAGACCAUGAAUUGCAACUAAUGGAUCUUUUGCUUGAAAAGGCAAUUAGGGUCAACUCAUUGACUUUAACUUGCCCUGAAUUUUUAUCAUAACAAAGUGUAAUGCAUGCAGUUAGAGCUUGGUUCUUUAUGUAACGCUCCCGAGUACUAAUGUUUAAAAUGUCAUUUCGCAUGUACAGUAUUGUUUAGUCAAGUUUAUAUAUAAUUUUUCCACUCAAAUCAAUUACUCUCUAAUACGAGGUUAUGGAGGAUUGUCAAGUAAAGUUGUGCAUAAAUGAAAGGAUUAGUUUC